AGCAGUUGCACAGCAGGCAGUGGAGCUGAUCAGUUGAAGGGCAUCAAAUGAAACAAGAGGUGAGCUUGCAGCGGGUCCUCUUGACUUUAGUGUGAAGCAGCAGCAGAUUGUCUUUAAAGCAGGGAGACAUUACAUUUCGAAAACAUGGCAAAUAAAUCAAAUUCAUUCUCCAACAACAAAGAAGAGAAAUCAGAUGGAAAUAAUGCAUUCCAAAGGCAAGAUUCGAUACAGAAGAACAAUAUGGGAAGCCAGAACAUAAAAGACCAUGUCAAUUCCGUGGGUUUUAAGAUGGAUCGGGAGGAAGCCAUGGUUGGGUUCGAUGAUCUGGACGGGGAAGCAAGACAGCACGGCUUCAUGCAGAGACAGUUUGGAGCCAUGCUACAGCCCGGGGUUAAUAAGUUCUCCCUCCGUAUGUUCGGCAGCCAGAAGGGGGUAGAAAAAGAACAAGAACGGGUCAAAACUGCUGGAUACUGGAUUAUACAUCCCUAUAGCGAUUUUAGGUUUUACUGGGAUUUGAUCAUGCUUAUAAUGAUGGUGGGGAAUCUUAUAAUCAUACCUGUUGGAAUCACCUUCUUUACAGAACAGACAACAACACCGUGGCUUGUGUUUAAUGUAGCCUCUGACACGAUCUUCCUUGUGGACCUUGUCAUGAAUUUCAGAACUGGGAUUGUCAUAGAGGAGAGUUCAGAGAUCAUUCUGGACCCCAAAGUCAUUAAGAUGAACUACCUGAAGAGCUGGUUCGUUGUCGAUUUCCUCUCCUCCAUACCAGUGGAUUAUAUCUUUCUAAUAGUAGAGAAAGGGUUUGACUCGGAAGUUUACAAGACUGCCAGAGCACUUCGCAUUGUGAGGUUUACAAAAAUCCUCAGUCUCUUACGCUUGCUAAGACUUUCAAGACUCAUAAGAUACAUACACCAGUGGGAAGAGAUCUUCCAUAUGACCUAUGACCUGGCAAGUGCUGUGGUAAGAAUAUUUAAUCUCAUUAGUAUGAUGCUUCUUCUUUGCCACUGGGACGGCUGUCUCCAGUUCCUAGUGCCGCUACUCCAGGAUUUUCCUCCAGAUUGCUGGGUGUCGUUAAACGGUAUGGUUAAUGAUUCCUGGGGAAAGCAGUAUUCAUAUGCACUCUUCAAAGCUAUGAGCCACAUGCUCUGCAUUGGCUAUGGUGCUCGUGCCCCUGUCAGUAUGUCCGACCUCUGGAUAACCAUGUUGAGCAUGAUUGUGGGAGCCACGUGCUACGCCAUGUUCGUGGGUCAUGCCACAGCACUUAUUCAGUCAUUGGACUCUUCGCGAAGACAGUAUCAGGAGAAGUACAAGCAAGUGGAACAGUACAUGUCCUUUCAUAAGCUGCCUGCUGAUAUGCGUCAGAAGAUUCAUGAUUACUAUGAGCAUCGCUAUCAAGGCAAGAUCUUUGACGAAGAUAACAUUCUGAGUGAGUUAAACGAUCCUCUCAACGAGGAAAUAGUAAACUUCAAUUGUCGCAAGCUGGUUGCCACAAUGCCCUUGUUUGCCAAUGCGGACCCUAAUUUUGUGACAGGCAUGCUCAGUAAGCUGAAGUUUGAGGUGUUUCAGCCUAAUGAUUACAUCAUACGGGAAGGGACCAUUGGAAAGAAGAUGUAUUUCAUCCAGCAUGGCGUGGCCAGUGUGAUCACCAAAUUAAACAGUGAUAUGAAACUCACAGACGGAUCUUACUUUGGAGAGAUUUGCCUGCUGACAAAGGGACGACGCACUGCCAGUGUAAAAGCCGAUACCUAUUGUCGCUUAUACUCCCUCUCAGUGGACCAUUUCAAUGAAGUCCUGGAGGAAUACCCAAUGAUGAGGAGGGCUUUUGAAACAGUUGCGAUUGACAGGCUUGACCGGAUUGGGAAGAAGAAUUCCAUUUUGCUGCAGAAGUUCCAGAAGGACCUGAACGCUGGUGUCUUCAACUCUCAGGAGAACGAGCUCCUGAAGCAGAUUAUCAGGCAGGACCGGGAGAUGGUAAUGAUGGUAGACCGCAAGCAGUCAGUGACGGGGAUGAACUCCACCCCAAUCUCUGGAAAUUCAAUCAUUAACUCCCCAGGUCAGCCACCAUAUACUAGUACCCUGGGCAACUCUCAGUUCCAGCAGCCCUCAGCUCUGACCUACAGUGCAUCCUCCACCCUCGCACAGUCCACGAGGGUCAUGGCGGCGCCAUCACAGUCUGUCUAUGCCAUGCCAAGCAUGUCCCAUGGCAACCUGAAUUCGGUCUCCCCCAGCCCACAGACACCCCUGCAACAGCAGCAGGCAGCAAUCCUAUCUCCCUGUUCCUACACCACAGCCGUGUGCAGCCCCCCGGUGCAGAGCCCGCUGGCAGGUCGAACUUUCCAGUACAGCUCGCCGACGGCAUCACAACUGUCACUAAUUCAACAUCAACAGCAACAACAACAACAACAACAACAAACAACAACACAGCAGCAGCAAUUACAAAAAGCACCUUCACCUCAGAGAUGUGACAUGCACAAGAGCACCCAGGCUCUGCACUCCGGCAGCCUGAGUCGAGAUGUGAGGCCUCUCUCUGCAUCCCAGCCAUCACUACCCCAUGAAACCUCGCUUAUCUCCAGGCCACACCCGUCACCAGGGGAAUCCUUGGCAUCCAGCCCUGCUCCGGUGUCUGCUGUCCAGGGGACAGGCCUUCAGGGCAGCAUCAGAACCACCGUACCACAGAGAGUGAACCUCUUCCGUCAGAUGUCCUCAGGGGCUUUGCCUCCAGUGCGUGGGCCUCCCUCCUCCCAGCACAGGGAUUCGUUGGGGUCAAGAAGGGAGUCCACAGUCUUAAGCAGUACAGAGGCUGAACAAGACAAGCUUCGUUUUGCCUCAAAUUUAUGAUCCCCCAUUUUUUUUUUUUUAAAUGUACGGUGACAGGACACUGUUAAAGAAAAAAAAAAUACUUGAGUAUUUUUGUUUUCUCAAUGAUUCUUUAAAACAAUGACCUGAUAGAUCACCUGUACAUUUUACCCUUGUAUAAUGAAUAUUUCAAACACCCCUUCCCCCUUAACUUUAAAAG